CGCGCGGUUCAAUCAUCAAUCACGCGCCACGCCCGCCCCCACGCAACCUCCCGCCGGUGUUCGUGCACCGCCCGUUGCGCGGCCACCGUCUCCCUCCCUCCCUCUCUCCUCCUCCGUCAUCCGGCUCCGCUCCGAGUCCGACCGCUGGUAUAUAGGCCGUCUGCUUCGGCAGCACAGUGCCACUGCUGCGACUGCGAGCGAUCCCUUCUCGCCGCCUGCAUUGCGAGCUACAGCUACGACUGCUGCCGCUGUUCCACGUCUCUGUCUCCGCUUUAAGGCUGUCACCUUUCCCCAUCCCCUACGCCCCCCCUUCCUCCUGCUCCCGCCCCCCCCCCCCCCCCCCCCCCCCCCCCCCCCCCCCCCCUCUUCGCCCCUCAAUCAAUCACGACGCCACAGCCGCACCCCCGCGAACCCUAGCUCGCAGUCGCACCGCGCGCCGGACGCUGACCAGGUGCCUGCUCUAUCUCCUGCGGUGGCCGUCGCGCUGCCGCCGCCAGACCCGAUCCGUCCGACCGUGCCAAGCGCCCCCCCCUCCGGCGAUCGAUGCGAGGCGCCGCGGGAGGCGGCUCGGGCUCGGGCAGGCUGUGAGGAGCCUGUCCGCUCGCUGCGUCGUGCGCCUGCCUUCCUCUCACGGUCGGCCUCGCCGCGCGUUUGCUUUCCCGCCCACGCAGGUCAGACCUCCGCGCUCUAGGAUCUACCUACCUUGCCUUCCCGCUUGCUUUUGCAAUUUGCUCUCCUCUCGUCCCGUCUGUGCUGCGUGGAUCUGUGCCGCUUUUGGUGUCUGUCUGCGCGUGCCCACUGAUGCUUCCGGUUUCAUCGCUUCAGGGAUCUUCGCGAGCGGGGAGUUGAAGCGCGAGAUUUGCGCGGCUACGAUUCUGCGUUGCCGAGGGAGCAAGGGAACCAAUGGCUGCAGCGGUGGCGAUGCGAGGGGGAAGCAGCGACAGCGGAGGAUUUGACAAGGUUCCCGGGAUGGACUCGGGGAAAUACGUGCGCUACACCCCGGAGCAAGUUGAGGUGCUCGAGCGGCUCUACAUCGAUUGCCCCAAGCCAAGCUCCUCACGGCGCCAGCAACUGCUGCGCGAGUGUCCUAUACUCUCCAACAUUGAGCCGAAGCAGAUCAAGGUCUGGUUCCAGAACCGAAGGUGCCGCGAUAAGCAGCGGAAGGAGUCUUCGCGGCUUCAGGCUGUCAACAGAAAGCUGACGGCAAUGAACAAGCUUCUUAUGGAAGAGAAUGAGCGUCUUCAGAAGCAAGUCUCUCAGUUGGUUCAUGAAAAUGCGCACAUGCGGCAGCAGCUGCAGAACACUUCAUUGGCCAAUGAUACAAGCUGUGAAUCAAAUGUCACUGCCCCUCCAAACGCUAUAAGGGAUGCAAGUAACCCUUCUGGACUCCUUGCGAUUGCGGAGGAGACCUUCACAGAGUUCCUCUCAAAGGCUACUGGGACAGCUAUUGAUUGGGUCCAGAUGCCUGGGAUGAAGCCUGGUCCGGAUUCGGUUGGUAUUGUGGCCAUUUCGCAUGGUUGCCGUGGCGUUGCUGCCCGCGCCUGUGGUUUGGUGAAUCUAGAACCAACAAAAGUCAUAGAAAUCUUGAAAGAUCGUCCCUCUUGGUUCCGUGAUUGUCGAAGUCUGGAAGUGUUUACAAUGUUUCCAGCUGGAAAUGGGGGAACAAUUGAACUUAUCUACAUGCAGAUGUACGCCCCAACAACUUUAGUUCCUGCACGUGACUUUUGGACGUUGCGAUACACGACAACAAUGGAAGAUGGCAGCCUUGUGGUCUGUGAGAGAUCCUUGACUGGUUCUGGAGGCGGUCCAAAUGCAGCUUCUGCACAGCAAUUUGUUAGGGCUGAGAUGCUUCCAAGUGGGUAUUUAGUGCGCCCAUGCGAAGGUGGAGGUUCGAUUGUGCAUAUAGUGGACCAUCUAGAUCUCGAGGCAUGGAGUGUUCCUGAAGUGCUUCGACCACUAUAUGAGUCUUCUAGAGUAGUUGCUCAGAAAAUGACUACUGUGGCACUGCGCCACCUUAGACAAAUUGCUCAAGAAACAAGUGGAGAAGUAGUGUAUGCCUUGGGAAGGCAACCUGCAGUUCUACGGACCUUUAGUCAAAGACUAAGCAGGGGGUUUAAUGAUGCCAUUAGUGGUUUCAACGAUGAUGGUUGGUCUGUAAUGGGGGGAGAUGGCAUUGAAGACGUUGUUGUUGCUUGCAACUCAACCAAGAAAAUUAGGAAUAAUAGCAAUGCUGGGAUUACAUUUGGAGCGCCUGGAGGCAUUAUUUGUGCGAAGGCAUCCAUGUUACUGCAGAGCGUCCCACCGGCAGUACUGGUCCGAUUUCUGAGGGAGCAUAGAUCUGAAUGGGCUGAUUACAAUAUUGAUGCGUAUUUGGCUUCAUCACUGAAGACCAGUGCGUGCUCACUUCCUGGGUUGCGACCCAUGAGAUUUUCUGGGGGGCAGAUGAUCAUGCCACUUGCUCACACAGUGGAGAACGAGGAGAUUCUUGAAGUUGUCCGCCUUGAAGGACAACCUCUUACUCAUGAUGAAGCCCUUCUUUCAAGGGACAUCCACCUUCUCCAGCUUUGCACUGGAAUAGAUGAGAAAUCUGUGGGUUCCUCCUUCCAGCUUGUGUUUGCACCAAUUGAUGAGCAUUUUCCGGAUGAUGCUCCAUUGAUUUCCUCUGGCUUUCGUGUCAUACCACUUGAUAUGAAAACAGAUGGUGUAUCCUCUGGUAGGACGCUAGAUUUGGCAUCUAGUCUUGAUGUGGGUUCUGCUGCACCCCAAGCCUCAGGGGAUGCACCUCCAGAUGACUGUAAUUUGAGAUCUGUGCUGACAAUCGCCUUUCAAUUCCCUUAUGAGAUGCACCUUCAGGACAGUGUUGCUACUAUGGCCCGUCAAUAUGUGCGUAGUGUUGUUUCUGCUGUGCAAAGGGUGUCGAUGGCUAUAUCUCCCUCCCAAUCUGGUCUAAAUGCUGGGCAGAGGAUGCUUUCUGGCUUCCCUGAAGCUGCCACACUUGCUAGAUGGGUUUGCCAGAGUUAUCACUACCAUCUAGGUGUGGAAUUACUCAAUCAAUCAGAUGAAGCUGGUGAAGCAUUGUUGAAAAUGCUCUGGCAUCAUCCAGAUGCUGUUCUGUGCUGCUCUUUUAAGGUACCAGAAGAGUUGUACUCAAGUCCGCAAUAUUCCAAUCUUCUAAAGCAGAGGCAGAUCCCUUUGACAAGAGAAACCUAUGUUUACGUUUGCAAACAAGGCAGGGCUCGACAUGUUAGAAACAUCUCUUAUUGCGCUGCAAGACCUGACGCUAGACAAGAUCUUCGACGAGUCAGGAAGGAAAGCAAUAUUCUCAGAUAUCUCAAAACUAAUGGAACAGGGCUACGCGUACCUGCCGUCGGGCGUGUGCAUGUCAGGAAUGGGUCGGCAUGUCUCAUUCGACCAAGCUGUAGCGUGGAAGGUGCUCGGCGAGGACAGCAGCGUCCACUGCCUGGCGUUCUGCUUCGUCAACUGGUCCUUCGUUUGACACGCCAUCCCAUGGCCUGUGUGAUGAGCAGGCCAAUUUUUUUGUAUGGUGAUCCCAAUAUGGGGAAACCAUCAGCUGUGACAGAAGGCUUUAUGUUGCAUGCACUAGUUGUACGUCUUGAAUCGAGUGUAUUUAUGAAGAAAUUGGAUACUGCGCAAAGUCUGGUGCCACUUACGUUUGACUGCCUGCCCGGCAACAGGCUGUUUGUCUAUCUCACCGGCCAACCGAAACGAUGCUUAUUCCAUUCAGAUGUUACUUGCUGAUGUUAA